AUGGAGGAGACCAAUGAAGAGAGAUUAGACUCGCCGUCUAGAAACAGCUAUAUUGGAAGUUAUUAUCAGCCACCAGACAAAUGGAUACCAUUGCCAAGAAGACUGGACUACCCAUUCCACAGUGUUUCAGAUUCACCCUCUUGCAAUCAGCAUGUGUCCCAGUCAAAACAAAACAUUGAUAGCCAAGCUGUAGUAGAUGCAUUGAAAAAACUGCAUGAAAAAAUGGGACGUACUGAGUUUGAGACGAGCAGACACACUGAAAGGAGUCGCCAAGUGUCUCUUGAGGCACAGAACCAGCAGCAGGCCAAUGCUCCAUCCACUCAGAAUCUACAGAGGACUGACAGUGACGGGAGUAUCCGAUGCAGAAUUCUUCAAAAGCAUCUCGAGAAGACAAAGAGGUCCAUUGAAAAAGCUAAAAAGGAGCACAAUGUUUUACUGCAAAACCAGAAGACUCUACUAAAAGAUCUGGAUAACGCAGAUGUCCAAUCACAAAAGGAGAAGCUGGAGGCGCUAGAGUUUAAAUAUGAGAAACUGAGCAGGACCCAGACACAGGCAGAGAUGAAGCUCAUUUUACUGGAAGAAAAACUCCAGAAAGAAGAACACGAGCGUAAACUGAUGCAAGAGCGAACUGAAGAGUUACAGAGAGAGUUUGAUAAUUCUCUGGAAAGAAGCUCUAAAGAGACAAUAAUCAAGAAGAAAUCUAAGAAGGCAAAGAAUAAAGAGAAGAUGACCUUGAAGCAGAAUGAGAAGUCGACGAUCCAUUCCUUCCCUCAAAAAAUGCCUUUUGUCGCUGGAACGUCAACCAGCCCCAGUCAUUCCGUCCACGCCAACGUUCAGAGUGUCCUCCACAUGAUGAAGCUGUACCAGCCGCUUCUGCGCAGGAAGGACGAGGACCUUGUCACACGCAGCUCCGUCCUCCACAGACACCAGGGCGGCUCCAGUGACGAGGCCCUUGGCUCCCUCUCAGACCUGCUGCUGGCUCUUCAGGACGAACUGGGCAAGAUGAGUUUUGAACACCUGGAAUUAGUGCAUCUGAUCGACAACACUCAAGACCUUCAGGUCAAGCAGGACCUGAAACAUGAAUUAGAACGACUGCUCACAAAGAUGGAAGAUAAAAGCACGCAGAUCACCAAACUUCGCACGCAUCAAAAGCUGAUUCAUAAAUUGAACAUGAGCCAGCAGCACUCCUUAACCCACGCAGAGAAAACAACCCUGAUCCACCCUCCGACUCCUUCUCCGGUCAAACCCCAGAACAGGUCCCUCAAACAGCCUGCGUCUCCACGGAACCUGCGGCUUCUCAGAGAGACACAGCAGUUUCGCAACAGCCUCAAACAGAGCGACGUCGUGUGGGAAACCUGA